AUGCAUCGUGCGCCCAACGUGCUCACGGCAGUGGAUAAGAAGGCUCACGGAAUGCGCCGCCGGAUCCUCAGCCAGGGACUUUCAGACUCAUCAACCAGGGCUUUCGGAAACACGAUUAAAAAACAUAUUGAAAGACUAUGUCAGAAAAUUGAGGGGCAUUCAGAUCCGAACACUCAGUGGUCCGAAAGCUAUGAUAUGGCCCGAUGGUUCAGUUAUCUAACCUUUGACAUCAUGGCCGACGUUGUAUUUGGGCAGCCGUAUAACCUUCUGGGAAACAGCGAGUAUCGCUAUGUCGUCGAUAGUAUUGAAGGCUCAAAUAUUCGAACGGGCGUAUUAAUCCAGGCUCCCGAAGCAUAUACCUGGAGAUUGGACAAGCGUUUAUUCCCCGCAUCUAUCCGACAUCGCAAUACCUUUGUCAAGUUUAUUUCAAGCUUGGUACAAGAACGUCUGACAACGAAACCGCUGGAGCGGGACGACAUUAUUAGCCACCUUCUCACCGCCAAGGAUAGUGAAACCGGUCAGGGGUUCACUAAAAAUGAAGUAGCGGCUGAGAGCUCAACCCUGAUAGUCGCAGGCACAGACACUUCUUCAACCGCUCUGGCAGCCACGCUGUUCUACUUGACUCAAUACCCAAACAUGUACCGUCGGGCUGUGGCCGAAGUACGCAGUUCAUUCGCGAAAAGCCAAGAUGUCAAGUUGGGUCGGGCCUUGAACGAAUGUGUUUUCACUCGAGCAUGCAUCGAGGAAAGCAUGCGCUUGUCACCACCAGCUGCAUCAGCGCUAUGGCGACGCGUGCAGGUCGGCGGCCAAACUGUCGAUGGACACGCUAUCCAAGCAGGAUGCAACAUCGGAGUUUGUAUUUACGCUAUUCACCACAAUGAGUUGUAUUAUCCCGACCCUUUUGUCUUCAACCCGGAUCGUUGGUUGCAGAAUGAUAAACAAGCUCAGUCAGCUUUCAGUCCCUUCUCAGUUGGACCUCGAAGUUGCAUUGGUAAAGGGUUUGCCAUGGCAGAGCUCAUGUUGGCGGUUGCCACUAUUUUGGUCAAGUUUGACAUUCGCCGUGCCCCUGGUGAUCAAGGCUGCAUUGGUCAGGGACAUUUGGAGGGUGAAGAUGGGCGUCGCAUGGUUGACGAAUAUCAAUUGCAUGAUCACGUCACGGCAUUUAAGCAGGGCCCUGUUUUGCAGUUUCGCCGUCGUGACACCGUCGUCCAGUCAGAGGCAGAGUAG